AUGGCUAAAUAGUUUUACUUAAUUUUUUCUGAUAAAAAAAUAAAGUUAAAAAGAAAAGAAUACAUACUUGGAAGGAGUAAGGCUUAAGCAUCUAUAGUAAUUAAAAAUGACUCAAUCAGCAGACAACAUGCUAAAUUGAUUGUAGGCAAAUCUAGUAUUACAAUUCAAGACUUAGGAUCUGUUAAUGGAACAGAAAUUAAUAAUAGAGCUAUUAAAUAAAAUUAGUUGGUUUUAUUAAGAUAAGACAUGAAAAUAAAAUUAGGUGAAUAUGAAUCUGAACUUGAAAUUUAAUUUGAAACUAUUGAUAGUGAUAUAGAACUUUCAAGAUCAAGAAGUAGAUCAGAUUCAAAUAAAAAAACUAAAUAAAAUAAGACUAAUCAAGAAUUAUAGAAAAAAUAAAAAAUUUGGAAUAUGGGUGGAUUGAGUAAAGAAAAUUAAGAUAAACUUAAAAAAUUGAUGGGGGCAAAAAAUGAAUCAGAUGAUGAUGAGUAAGAGAAAUAAAAGGAAGAAAUUGAAAAAAGAAAUAAAGAAUUAGAAUUGCAAUACAAAAGGGCCAUGUAAAGAUAAAAAUAAAAAGGAAUUGGUUUAUGAAUAUAUUUAUUUAUUUAUUAUGAAAAGC